AUGGCCAUCGACUUUGAUCAGAUCUUUGCGAAGGCGCCCCACUCGGGCGGGUCCGCCUUCCAGUGGCACCAGGACCAGGCGUACUGGCCACGAAUGGAUGCUGAUGCCUCGGCGGCCACGUGCUGGCUGGCCGUCUCUGACACCACCCUGGAGAACGGCUGCUUGCGCUACCUGCCAGGCAGCCACAAGGAGGAGGAGCUGCGCCCACACUUCACAAUGGGCAGCUGCCGCGAGUCCGCCACCACGCUGUUCACCCCCAUUGACGAAGACCGCGAGCACCCCGCGCACGUGCCCGUUUCUUGGGGCGACCUGAUUGUGCACCAUGAGCGCUGCCUGCACGCCUCUGCGCCCAACAGGUCUGAUGGCUGGCGCUACGUGUAUGUGCUGUCUCUACAUAAGGCCGCCUGGGUGGCCGCAGAGCGCGCGGCUGGCAUCACCUACUCCUACAACGACCCUAUCAGCUGGUCGUCCUGGAACCGCUGGCCAAUGGCCGGCGGAGCCGAAGAGGGCGGCACACAGGGCGGGGGGCAGGAGCGGCGCUGA